ACAAAUGACACUUCAGUACACGACUGUUGACACAAAACGGUGGUCUCAAUAGAAAAUGUGUGCCUAAACUAGCCUGGUCACUAGCCUGGUCACUAGCCUGGUCAUGUACGAGUUGUGGCAAACACUGAAAACACUGCUGUAUUUGCAGUUGCGAUCAAUCAUUAAAUGGUUUUUGCGAAAAACCACUAAAUUAUGUGAAUUACAGAGACUUUGUUACGCAAACAAUUUGGGCGCUAAUCGUACCAAAGGUGUCGAGUACUCGAUAGUGACAUCGCGGUCGCCGGUGUUGCAGAAAAUCAACGUCGAGUUGAGUCGGUUAGCGGAUCAGCAGUUGUUAACUAAUAAAUGGAUUUUGUUUGAAAAGGCCAUCGAAGCCACCGCUACCACCAAACAGAUCAACACUAAACUACAUCCAGAUUUCAUCGCUGCCUAUCGGAUAUGUUUGGUGCAGAUCUAUGGCUACAAACAACUCAUAAAACAGAUCCAAUGUCUGCGAUCCAUUACAUACGACCCCCAGAGCACAGCCCACCAGCAAAUGCUACGCAACCUAUGGGGCCAACUGUCGGACGAGCCGUUGAAGGCCUUGCAGAGCAAGCAGUGGUCGGACAUCGGCUUCCAGGGCGACGACCCGAGCACUGACUUCCGGGGAAUGGGUUUACUAUCUCUGGAUAACCUGCUAUUCUUCGCCACCGUAUACCGAGAGCCCGCCCGACAUAUACUCCAGCACUCACUGCACCCAAAGCACGGCUUCCCCUUUGCUAUCGUUGGCAUCAAUUUAACACAUUUAGCGCUGAGUCUACUAAUGGACGGCCACCUGAAGACACAUUUCUUCAACUCAUUUAAUCGCUACCUAUUCGUGGCGUUUGAUAGGGUAUGGCUGGACAGUCGGCCCCAAUCGGUGAUGGAGUUCAGCCUAAUUCGCGACAAAUUUGAGAAGCAAUUGAUCGACAAAUUGGCCGAUAAUAGGACUGUCCUUAAAUGGGACCCACAUAUUGACACGUUGUGAAUACCCUGACACUCCAUUUCCUACUGUAGUAUUGAGUACUCAUUUUGAUUAGACUAUUAUUUUCUAAUUGAUAAGAUUGUAAUAAUUUUUGAAUUUAAUUUACCGAUAAUAAUGACACUUCUCUAUAGUAUUGGGGGAACUAUUUUGCACUCAAUUUGAUAUUUUGUUUGUAACUAAAGUGAG